ACUAUUACACCUCGGCCUCCGAAACAUUCACUUCAUCUUCUUCUACACACGCUCCACGGUAGAAAUGGGGAGACAAUCUGUAAUCGCACUCGUUCUGAUCUGCGCCGUCGUCGCUGGUGUCGGUGGCAGUCUCCAGCUGCAGCUCCGACUACCACUCGGGCGCCACCCCGCCUGCAGUAGCCAAGUAUCCACCUCCAGCCGCAUCUCCUGUAUCUCCACCGACAAACUCAUCUCCCGCCGCCGCUCCUCAAAACCGGCCACUCCAGCACCGGUCUCCACGCCGCCUGCAUCGGCGCCACCUGCCGUCGCUCCAGUAGCCUCUCCACCAGCCAGCACUCCUCCGACUGCCUCCGUUCCUGCUAGCUCUCCACCGGCUGCUUCCGUUCCACCUAGCUCUCCACCAGCUGCCACCGUUCCAGCGAGCUCACCACCUGUUCCAGUUCCAGUGAGUUCUCCACCAGUCCCCGUACCAGUGAGCUCUCCUCCAGUGCCAACUCCAACGCAAUCUCCUCCCGCUCCCGAAAGUUCUCCUCCUGCUCCAGUCGCAUCGCCUCCCGUUGAGGUUCCGGCGCCGGCGCCUAGCAAGAAAAAAUCGAAGAAGCACAAAGCACCAGCUCCUUCUCCGGCGUUGCUCGGUCCACCUGCACCUCCUUCUGAAGCCCCUGGAGGAAGCGAGGAAGGUCCUUCACCUAGCCCUUCACUUGAGGACAAGAGUGGAGCUGAAGCAUUGAGGAACCUGCAGAAGGUGGCCGGAAGUUUGGCUGUAGGAUGGGCUGUCGUCGCCGUCAGCUUCAUCUUUUAGAGAGAGAGAGGAGAGAGAUAGAGAGAGAUGUGAUCGUGCUUCAUUUAUUUAUAUUUAAUCUCUUUAUUUUUAUUUUUGGUUAAAAUUUUCCCCCAUUGUACUCCAUAUCAUAAGAGGGGUGCUUUAUUGAUUGAAUUGAUUGAUGAAAUUUGUUUUAGAAAAUUGAGCACUGGGGUGUGUUUGCUUUGAUAUGAUGAACAUUUUGGAUCGGAGUAUUAUAUGAUUUGUUGUAAUUCUUUCUGUGGAUUACUUGAUAGGGGAAAAUCUUUUUUUAUUACAUUUGUUGGGUCCUUUUGUGUUCUGUAAUUAA